GAGGUCCUAACCAAUCAGCUGGCCCCAGAUUCCUCACACACAGCUGCGCCACGCGCGCGCAACCUCUCCGCUCGAACCCCGAGGACACGCGCGAGAACAGACAGGCAGAGGAAGAGAGAGAGGGACUGUGAGAGAGGAUAAGAGGAAUAAAGAGAAAUAGAGAGAGAGAUAGAGGGUGAGAGAUGCUCCCUCAGGGCACGCGCAGCCCCCUGGGCCUGCUGGUCGCGUGCGCGCUGCUGUCCCGCGCGGCGCCGUGGAGUUUCCGUGAGGAGAGGGAGGACGAGGGCAGGGAGGUGUGCUCGGAGAACAACAUCGCCACCACCAAGUACCCGUGCGUAAAGGCCACGGGGGAGGUCACCACGUGCUACAGGAAGAAGUGCUGUGGGGGCUAUAAGUUUGUCCUGGGCCAGUGCAUUCCAGAAGAUUAUGACGUGUGUGCUGGCGCCCCCUGUGAGCAGCAGUGCACGGAUCACUUUGGCCGUGUGGUCUGCACCUGUUACUCUGGGUACCGAUACGACAGAGAGCGCCAUAGAAACCGGGAGAAACCCUACUGUCUGGAUAUUGAUGAAUGUGGCAGCAAAAAUGAGACAGUAUGCUCUCAAAUCUGCAUCAACACCCCCGGCAGCUACAGGUGUGAGUGUGAGAAAGGCUUUUAUCUCGAGCAGGACGGGAGGACAUGCAGCAGGGGCGAGAGAGCACCACUCUUUGAUAAUGUGAUGAAGGCGGGGACAUGCUCGGCCACAUGUGAAGAUUUCCAACAGAUCAAAAUGACUGUUUUCCAGCUUAAACAGAAGAUAACCAUGUUGACUGGAAACACAGAGGUCAAUAAGCAGAUGACCAAUGAGAAGAUGUUGACAUCCCAUUCCUUCCUGCCUGGACCUCAAGGGCAGCCUGGACCUCCUGGGAGUCCAGGGCCUAAAGGUGCUGUUGGGCCUAAAGGCUCUCCUGGGUCUCCAGGUCCUCCAGGUCCUCGGGGCCAAAUGGGUCCCAUGGGUCCCUCACCAGAUCUUUCUCACAUCAAACAGGGCCGGCGUGGACCAAUGGGUCCUUCUGGUGCUCCAGGCAGAGAUGGCAUGAAGGGGGAGAGAGGGGCUCCUGGGCCUUCCGGACCACCAGGGCCGCCAGGAUCCUUUGACUUCCUGCUGCUGCUGAUGGCCGACAUCCGUAACGACAUCGCAGAGCUGCAGAGUAAAGUGUUCGGCAGGCAGAUGCAUUCCCCCGGUGAGGAAUACCUCAACAACCCUGAUUUCUGGGAGGACAGUCAAGAAAACUCUGAUUCGGGCUCUGGAGAGGACUACAAAUCCCAGAUUCCUCCCCGGAGGAAGAGGAAAUCACCCAGCACUUUAGCUAAUCCUGAUUGAGUGACCUUCAAUUAGCAUUGUUGUGUUCGGACAGGCCUCACUAACUCCUGAAGACAAAAACUCUACAUCCAGAUGAGAAAGAUAGAGAUAAAAUACAACAUAUACAGCUCUGGAAAAAAAUAAGAGACCACGUAAACAUGAUGAGUUUCUUUGAUUUUACCAAAUUAAAAAAAACUCUGAAAUAUAAUCAAGAGGAAGAUGGAUGAUCACAAGCCAACAAACCAAACUGAACUGCUUAAAUUUUUGUACCAGGAGUAAAGCAGCAUGAAGUUAUCCAAAAGCAGUGUGUAAGACUGGUGGAGGAGAACAUGAUGCCAAGAUGCAUAAAAACUGUGAUUAAAAAACAGAGUUAUUCCACCAAAUAUUGAUUUCUGAACUCUUAAAACUUUAUGAAUAUGAACUUGUUUUCUUUGCAUUAUUUGAGGUCUGAAAGCUCUGCAUCUUUUGUUAUUUCAGCCAUUUCUCAUUUUCUGCAAAUAAAUGCUCUAAAUGACUAUAUUUUUAUUUGGAAUUUGGGAGGAAUGUUGUCUGUAGUAAUGUUCAUUUUAAUCAAACAUAAACCUAUAAAUAUCAAAAUCAGAGAAAAUGAUCCAGAAACUGAACUAGUCUUUUAUUUUUUUCCUAGAGCUGUAUUUAUUAGACUUUUUAAAUAAACACAAUUAGAAAGAAAACUGGGAUUUAGGUUCCCAGGAACUUAUCAACAAUUUGUGAUAUCAAAUAUGUUUUUGUACAUACACUAGUUGGUAAUGUUAUCAUGAACAGUAUCUGCUUGGCUGGACCAGUGGCAGCUGUGUACUGUGAGUCCUAUUUUCAGAUUUCUAUCACUUUUCUGUAAAGCCUCGGCUAAAAACACUUAAUCUCUUUUGUGGCCCUGUUAUUUUGUAUGCUCCAUUAUCUGAAAGAUCAAAAGAAUAAUUUAAAGACAAUCUACAUGUUUUACUCUUUAGGAACGUUUGGCUGAUUUUAUGAAAAGUUCAUUUACACAGAUAAUUUAACAGAUAAUAACGUUUGGCCCAAUAAUGCACAAAAAGCAUGAUUUUCCAGCAUGUUAUGGCUACUGCGCCUGCGCACAUCUCCACAGUAAGCUGACUCUCCUCCACUUCCUGCACAAGCAGCAAGCUGAUUGGCUGUUUUUGUUGAAGGGCAGGACUUUCUCCAUAAAUAAGAAAUCUCAUUUCUAUAGUGGCCUGUCUCCUCAUUAAUAAGGUCUUUGGCUGUGUUUGAAUUUUCAUGUUUACAUUAAUGUGUUUUUGUUGAAAAUUGAUACACAUGUAAAUUGACUCAAUAAUAAUCCUGUUUAUUCAUAAAUAUGUGCAUUUAUAUUGUACUGGAUUGCUCUGAUAUCAUUGUUUUACUAGUGUAUCAUCACAUUUGGUAAAUCUGAGAAACAUGGGACUUCAUGGGACUUCUCAAGUUCACUAUUUGUACUCACAUUUUUAGUUACACUGUAAUUCAGAGUUUACGAGGACUGUCCGAUCACACCAAUCAUCUGGCAUUAAUGGGUACCUGUUAUUUCGGAAUGAGGAAUGAACUAUAAAUGACUAUGGAAUGAAUCAGUGUUUUUCAGCUCCAGUUCUGAACUGGUCCAGGUGUUUUGUGCAGUAAAGAAGGACUACAGGACUGGAGCUGGAAACACUGGUGUAGAAACUGCAGAAUGAUUUUUUAUUUAACGUCAUACUCUGUUAAAGAAGACCUGAAUGUAUUUCUUUGUAUGAAAUUCUAUUUUUUUAACAUAAAAGAUGUACAUAUUUAU